AAAUAAACAAAAAAUGAAAAAUAAUAAAUGUGUAAGAUAUUCUGCCAUCCUUCCUGUUCAUGGAGCCAAUCUCUGUUUCUUUUUCUUUUGCUUUUUCUCUUUGUACUCGAUAGUUUUGUAUUGGUUAAUGGCCUUCACGUCCUCUCAAAAAAUGGCUCUCUCUGCCUUAGAAGCAACUGAAAACUGAAUCCCAACCUCUCUUUCUUUCUUUCUUUCUUUCUUUCUUUCUUUACUUUUACAUUAAUAGUCAAAGACCCUUGGCUGUUGGGACCCCCCCUCUCAAGUUUUCCACCAUUUUCUUUCCUUCUGUCUCUCUCUCUCUCUCUCUCUCUCUCUCUCUCAGAAAUCUCCGCACUUUUCCUUUAUGACCCAGAAGCCUUUUCUCUUAAAACCAUGCUCUUUUAGCUCUAACAAUUGGGUUUUACUCCUCGGAGAUUUAAGCUAAGUUUUCAUUUCAGAAAUGGGAAAUUCAGGGACUGAGCUCUCUGCUUGGAUGUCAUCUUUAAUUUUAGUUUCCUUCUCGCAAUGCAUAUAAAAGGUUGAUAUUUGCAGAUUGCAGUCAUGGAGUUCAAGAAAGAGAAGCUAGUUAGGUUUAAUGAAACUCACCACCUGGAGAAGCCAUUGCCUGUAUAUAAAGUUGCUGGCCCAUUGCUGAAAUCUGAAGGCGGUAUAAGCGAUUCAAACACAGGCCAUAAAAUUCCUAAAUUUGGUCAGUUUAAGGUAUUUCCAGAGAAUCAUGAACCAUGGAGGAAGAGGAUUCUUGAUCCAGGAAGUGAUGUUUUUCUACAAUGGAACAGGAUUUUCCUCUUCUCUUGCUUGGUAGCACUCUUUGUCGAUCCAUUGUUCUUUUAUCUUCCUUCUGUGAUAAACAAUGGCGUCACAUCCUGUAUGGAUACUGAUUUGAAAUUGGGGAUUACUGUGACUUGUUUUCGAACUUUUGCCGAUAUAUUCUACGUAUUGAAUAUUGUUGUUAAGUUCAGGACAGCUUAUGUAGCACCCAGUUCAAGAGUUUUUGGAAGGGGUGAACUUGUUAUGGAUCCCAAGAAAAUUGCCAGCCGCUAUUUGAAAUCUGAUUUCUUCAUAGAUCUUAUUGCAGCCUUACCUCUUCCACAGAUUGUUAUAUGGUUCAUAAUUCCAGCAAGUAGAAGCUCCCAGUCUGAUCACACCAACAAUGCCCUUGUACUGAUUGUUCUGCUCCAGUAUGUUCCAAGGUUAUAUCUGAUUUUUCCUUUGAGUUCUCAGAUCAUCAAAGCCACUGGAGUAGUCACAAAAACUGCUUGGGCUGGGGCUGCAUACAAUCUCCUAUUAUACAUGUUGGCUAGUCAUGUCUUAGGGGCUUCAUGGUAUUUGUUGUCAAUUGAGCGUCACGCAACAUGCUGGAAAUCUGUUUGCAGACAUGAAUUGAAUCCUAUAAAGUGCAAACUCUCUUUCUUGGAUUGUGGUACUUUGGACAAAGAUGAACGUAAACUGUGGCAAAACAGCACUCAGGUUUUUGGAAGCUGUGAUCCAGACAACAAUAGUGUUUUUGAUUAUGGGAUAUUUGCAAAUGCUGUGACACAGAAUGUUGUCUCCACUGAAUUUCUAGAGAAGUAUUUCUAUUGUCUUUGGUGGGGCUUGCAGAACCUGAGUUCCUACGGCCAGAGUUUGAAUACAAGCACAUUUAUUGGGGAAACUUCAUUUGCCAUACUCAUUGCCAUCUUGGGUCUGGUUUUGUUUGCCCAUUUGAUUGGAAAUAUGCAGACCUACUUGCAAUCUAUCACUGUCAGACUUGAAGAGUGGAGGCUCAAGCGAAGAGAUACUGAGGAGUGGAUGAGACAUCGCCAACUUCCCCAAAACCUGCGAGAAAGAGUAAGGCGAUUUGUUCAGUACAAGUGGCUAGCAACUCGAGGGGUUGAUGAAGAAUCUAUCUUACGUGCAUUACCUACAGAUCUUCGUCGUGAUAUCCAGCGCCACCUUUGCUUGGAUCUUGUUCGUCGAGUUCCUUUUUUCUCACAGAUGGAUGAUCAGCUACUUGAUGCCAUAUGUGAGCGCUUAGUGUCUUCCUUGAGUACUCAAGGCACGUACAUAGUUCGCGAAGGUGACCCUGUCACGGAGAUGCUUUUUAUUAUCAGGGGGAGGCUAGAGAGCUCUACUACAAAUGGAGGACGGACAGGUUUCUUCAAUUCAAUUACUUUGAGACCAGGUGAUUUCUGUGGUGAGGAGCUGCUUACUUGGGCAUUGCUUCCAAAAUCUACACUCAACUUGCCUUCCUCCACUAGGACAGUAAGAGCACUGGAGGAAGUGGAAGCAUUCGCAUUACGGGCAGAAGAUCUCAAGUUUGUGGCGAAUCAGUUUAGACGUUUGCAUAGCAAAAAACUACAACACACGUUCCGUUUUUAUUCAUAUCACUGGAGGACAUGGGCUGCCUGCUUUAUUCAGGCUGCUUGGCGUCGACAUAAGAAGAGGAUGAUGGCAAAGACCCUGAGCAUGAGUGAGUCAUUCGCACUUUCUGUUGACGAACAAGUAGCUCGUGAAACAACACAACAAGAGGAAGGUGAUAGUAUGGCAUCUUCAUCUUCUUCUCAAGCAAAACAGAACCUUGGUGUAACAAUACUCGCUUCGAGAUUUGCUGCAAACACAAGAAGAGGAAUUCAGAAGAUCAAGGAUGUAGAAAUGCCAAAGUUGCAAAAGCCUGAAGAGCCAGACUUCUCAAGAGAGCCAGAUGAUGAAUAGUUUGAGCCUGAUUCAUUAUGCUAUAGGUGUACAUUGUAGCAUUUAUGUGUUGAAAAAAAGGAUUUUGCUAUAUAGCACAAGUUGAGAAAGCUAUGAUCUACUCACAGAGUUGACUGUUAUAUCAGAUCAGAUGUAUAGCAGCCCUAUACUUUUCCACCAAGUAUUCAAGAUUUUACUAAUUUAUUGUUAAUUUUUAUAUUAUUGCUUUGAAAAAGCUUGCUAAUCA